CAAAAAAUUAUCAAACAAAAACACACAUGUAAACCGAAACUAACGAAAUAAACUCUAUAGAAGAAUCUGGAGAUUAUCAAGCAAUAUAUUAAAUGAAUGAAAACUUAGAUCAAUAUUUUCACUCAAUUACAAAUGAAAAUUAAUCGCUUUUUAUUAAAUAUCUAGUAAAUUGCUUUUAGGACCCAAGAGAGGAAAUUAAAUAAGUUGGAGAAUAAUAUCUGAAAUAAUUAGAGUAAAUAGUAAAACCAAAAAGUAUAAUUUAAAAUGAUCAUGAAAACAAAAGGAAAUCCCUUCCGAGAAAGUUUUUUAAAAAUGAUAAAAAUCUGGGUGUCUCUAUUUUAUCGCUUGAUGGAAGUUUCAGUAAAAUAUUGAUUAAUCCUAGUUUUAACUGACAAAUUUACAACAUAAAUUUUGGAAUGGUAACAUAACUCAAAAGCAAAAAAAAAAUUAUAAGACUUCUGCGCUGUUGCUGGUAAUACCAACCUAUACAAGUAAAUCAUAAGUUAUAAUUAAUUACUUGACACAAAUCAAAAUCAAAAAAAUUUUAAAAUGACAAUUUAUUCAGAAAAAAUUAGAAAAAAGGCUAUGAAAUACGUGAAUUAAUUUAUUCAAAAAUAGUAUGACAACAAAUCUAUAAACCGUUUAAAUGAAUCCAUAAAAGAGAUUUAACACUUCGAUGAUUUUGACAAAAUGAAAAUUAAAUAUCUAAAAACUGUUUAAAUCAAUCUAAAAAGGGAAAAGCUCUCAAAAUAAGAACUUUUGGAGUAGAAGAAAGACAAUGCAGGAGUUCUUUCUAGUCCCCAACUAGAAAUUAUGUCAGACGAUAUAGAUGAUGUUUUGAUUUGUGAAAUUUGUGUAGAUGCAACAGUUGAAAAUAUAGAUAAAAGUGAUAUCGCAAAGGAUGCUAAGCUCAUGAAUCAAGAAAGUAUUAUCAUACAUUAAUUUCUAGUUAAAUGGCAAGAAAAGAUAAAAUCUCUCAAAGAUAUUAUAAAAGAAAAACAUCAAGCCCAGUUAAGAUCUUCCUCAUACGAAUGAUUUUCGACUAGUAAAUGAAGGAAAUCAAAUUGAAUGAUAUCAUACGCUUUAAAAACAUUAGCCGAU